CUACAUAUUCCCAUAAAGUUGCAAUUGAACUGUUGUAAUUCGACCGCCUGUGAACUUGUGGACUGUACGAUCUGUUAAAAUUAUUCGUGAACCUUAUCAAUGACCACGGAGGAACCUAUGGCUGCUGCUGUUGUGGCCGCGCCCGAGCCGUCGCCGCAGCCCGAGCCGCCGCCGCAGCCCGACCAGGACCACCCCCCGUCCGACGAGGAGCGCGAACCGGGUGAUUGGCGACCCUCCCGGCCAGCCUCCCCCCCGCAACGACCAGACGACAUCUCCGAAGGCUCCGAGAUCACCACGCGCCCCGUCAGAGCAGAACCAGCGAGCCGAUACGCCAACCUUAACUAUUGGAAGGCGAGAAGAGUCACGUUCUAUAGAAAUGGCGACCCGUUUCAUCCGGGCGUCGAGUUCCGGUUCAAACCGGGCCGGGAUCUUGCCUCCUUGGAUGCUCUGCUGGAUCGGCUAUCGGAACGGUUGGAACUGCCGAGAGGUGCGCGGUUUAUCUUCGGAAUGGAUGGAGAUAGGAAGUACCGGCUCGAGGAGUUGGAGGAUGGCGCUUCGUAUGUCGUCUCCUCGUACAAAACGUUUAAGGUAAGUGCAUAGAUACUGUAUCGUAUUAUUAUUGUGUUCCUGAACACGUGUUUUGAUGCAAUUAAUUCUG